CAACCGCAUCGUCGCGGAAAGUCAGCAUCCUGGAGGUGUUGGUGUUACUCUCUAUGCAGCAUUAGGGGAAAAAACUAAUUAUGCCGCGUAGAAAGAGAAGGGGGACAUUAUGGUCAAGAGAUAACGCCACACGUCGUCGGGAAGCGGCAAGGAGAGGGAGAGAACAAGAAUCGGAUGAGGCCAGAGCCACAUGACUCCAGGAUCAAAGAGUCAGGGCAAAAAAGAUGAGAGAAGAAGAGACAAAGGAGGAGAGGCUUGCAGUAUUCUUGAAGGGUGGCAGAUCAACCAGAAGUCAAGAAAGUCAACAACAGGCGGAUGUUUCUGGCUGUAUUCACAGCAGUCUUGGGAAAUGUAAGCUUUGGUUAUGCAAUGGUCUACACUUCCCCUGUGGUCCCAGAACUGGAACAUUCUCCAAACCCGAACCUUCAAAUGAAUACCCGAUCAGCAUCGCUGUUUGAGUCUGUCUUCACCUUGGGGACCGCACUGGGGGGCCUCAGUGCCAUGUUCUUCAAUGACUUACUGGGUCGCAAACUGACCAUUAUGGUGUCCACUGUGCCAUCGGCCUUGGGAUUUGUCUUAAUGGGCAGUGCUCAGGCCAUUUGGAUGCUUGAUGUUGGCCGUGCACUGACUGGAUUCGCGGGGGGAAUGGCAGCUAGCUCCAUCCCGGUCUACAUUUCUGAGAUAUCAGUGGCCAAGCUGAGAGGAAGACUGGGCUCUACCCCACAGUUUAUGCUUGUCUGUGGAUCACUUCUGCUCUAUGCAUUGGACCUGGCCCUAUCCUGGCGUUGGCUGGCGGUAGUUGGGACAAUUAUACCAGUAGUAUUGGUCAUUAUUUUGUGCUUCAUGCCGGAAUCCCCUCGCUAUUUAGUCUCCAAAGACCGCGACAGUGAAGCUGUUCAAGCACUCAUGUGGCUCCGGGGCUCGGAUUUUAAUUACUUGCUGGAGUACAGGGAGAUUCAGGAGGCUCUGGAUGGGAACGUGAAAAAAGUGUCAUGUACCGAUCUCCGCCAGGCCUUUGUCUACAAACCCAUGCUGAUUACCGUCGUAAUGAGGGUGUUUCAGCAGCUCAGUGGAAUCACUCCCAUACUGAUCAAUAUGCAGCUCAUCUUUGAUAGUACAGCUGUAAUUCUGAAAGGUUCCUAUGAUGCAGUACUGGUGGGUGCCAUUCGCUUGGUGUCCGUGUCGAUUGCAGCCUGGAUAAUGGACAAAGCUGGAAGACGGAAACUUCUCUUUGCGUCAGGUAUAAUUAUGUUUAUAUCAACACUGACUUUUGGAGUCUACGUCAAAGUAAAUGAGAUAAGAAGUAAUGUAACCAACGUUAGUACUGUGGAGAGUGGUCACUUUCCUGUCGAGCAUCUCUUUCAGACCAACACAGAAAAAUGGUUAACCCUCAUACCUCUCAUCAGCAUCAUGGUUUACAUAUUUGGCUAUGCCCUCGGCUGGGGACCAGUAACUUGGCUGUUGAUGUCGGAGAUUCUUCCAAUUAAAGUCCGUGGUUUGACGUCGGGACUGUGUGUCAUCGUCAGUUAUAUCACAGCUUUCAUCAUUACAAAGUGGUUCCUGCCAGUGAAGAAAUCCUUUGGACUGUCUGUACCCUUCUUUUUCUUCUGUGUGAUAUCCAUAUUCGCUCUAAUAUUUACUGCUUUCUGCGUUCCUGAAACCAAAGGGAAAACCUUGGAGCAACUUGAGGAUGAGUUCCGGAACCUGAAGGAUUCCCCUAACGAUGACAACAGUUGACGUGGAAUCUGGACUUAGUGGAACUGGAAGUUAAAAUCAUGCAGCAUUAAACUCUUAUCUUCUUCACCCCCUGUGAGAGCAAACCAAUCCUGAAUUGAAAUCCUUCUUUGCCUUUUCUUCAUCACCUACUGUUGUGCAAAGGGUGAUUGGUGUAGGAGUAGCUCCUCCUUGUGUAUCUCUACACAUCACUCACAC